CAGCAAUUUGUAAUUACCGUGGGAUGUCAGCCUAGACGGUGCGAAUGCUAAUGCCAGAUCCAGUGUGUCCGCGAGCAGUCCGCCACCUAUGAGUACCGAAACGUUCGAAACAUCGGGCUAUCUGUUGACCACUAUGGGCUCAAUAAGUUUACAUCAAAAAACGAAAGCUACAUGAUAAUACUUUCGAAGUUGAUGGAAGUAACAAAGUCCUGCACUCAGACGGUGAAGCGUUACUACGCUGUCCCGCUUGAGACGGUGCAUACCUAUACGGAGCGAGCCGAGCUGUCGGCGAAACUCGAGCAGAAGCUCCAGAUACGGCACGAGAAAGCAAGCGUUCCAUACGCGGUUGCUCUUUACGGAUUAGGUGGGACUGGCAAAUCCCAGCUGGCGCUAGCCUACGCCGAGAAGCAUAAAGAUCGAUACAACCCCAUCUUCUGGAUCGACGCGACAGACGAGGAGGCAGUGCGAUCUAGCUUCAGACGAUGUGCCGCCGAGCUUAGGCUUCCAGAGGAGCGUGCGGAGAAGCAAGAGUCCGUUCUGACAGACGGAGUCGUGCAAGCAGUGCUCCGAUGGCUUCGCGACAGAACAGAGACAGACAACGAAUGGCUGGUGAUUGUUGACAAUGCAGACGAUGUCAGCUGGGGGAUCCAGAAGAUCAUGCCAAAGGGGAACCGGGGAAGCGUCGUCGUAACCAGCCGCGACGACAGAAGCGUGAGGCUCGUCCCAGGGGCCUGCGAACCGGUGCACGUUGGCGUUAUGUUACCGGUGGAAGGAGUGGCGCUUCUCCUCCAACACCUACAGCCCAGCGUAGAGUCGGCUUCGGAGGGGAUCCGACGCGACUGCGGCAAGAUAGCGCAACGACUUGGAUAUCUGGCGCUUGCCAUCGACCUUGCGGGCGCCUACAUUAGCAACGACUCCGCACCUGAGCAUGCCUUGUCGCAGUAUCUUGCGGAUUACGACAGACACCGCGAUGAGCUCCUACAAAUGGACGGCUUCCGGGGGCUGUUGCCAACACAGUUGACGGUGUGGACAGUGUGGGAUACCACCCUCGAGAAGAUUAAGAGAGAGCAUUCGCGUCUGCAGCCCGAGCUACUGCUGACUUUCCUAGCGCAGUUCAAAGGCAGCAUUGUGCAGGACGAAUUGUUCCGUCUGGCGUGUCUUGGCAUGACAACGGUCGACGCUCAGCUAGACGGUGAAGCUGACGAAGUCAUGCCGGUCGGUCUCCGGCAGUUUCUAUCACUUUACAAGGGUGAAUGGGAUAGUUUCCGGUACCGGCAGAGCCGCGAUGUACUGGUCCGCUACAGCCUGCUGCAUCGAGCGGAGGGGCAGUGGCCUGGAGUGACCAUGCACAGUCUUGUGCAAUGGCGAGCAAUGCAGAAGCAGAACGAGCCAGAUCGAUUGUGGCGCUGGUGGUAUAUAACGUUUAUUCUAGCGGCGUGCUGUCAAAUGACAGGAGGAAAGGAGCAGCCUGAGUUCCGCCGACAUCUGAUGGUACAUCUUCCGGAUAUAAGCAAAAACAAUGCCGAAGAUAGGGACCGGAGAAGAUAUGGGGAUUUUGUGGGAUUUAGGCUUGGUCGCGUAUAUUACGACGAAGGACGGUGGGAGGAGGCCGAGAAGCUGUUUGUGCAGGUGAUGGAGACGAGUAAGACCAAGCUCGGGGCCGAUCACCCAGAUACGCUAACGAGCAUGGCCAACCUUGCGUCGACAUUUUGGAACCAGGGCCGGUGGGAGGAGGCCGAGAAGCUGUUUGUGCAGGUGAUGGAGACGAGCAAGACCAACUCGGGGCCGAUCACCCAGAUACGCUAACGAGCAUGGCCAACCUUGCGUCUACAUACAGGAACCAGGGCCGGUGGGAGGAGGCCGAGAAGCUGGGGGUGCAGGUGAUGGAGACUCGCAAGACCAAGCUCGGGGCCGAUCACCCAGAUACGCUAACGAGCAUGGCCAACCUUGCGUCGACAUUUUGGAACCAGGGCCGGUGGGAGGAGGCCGAGAAGCUGGGGGUACAGGUGAUGGAGACU